CUGCCUGGUACAGGCUCACUCCAAGCAGCUUUGGAGCUGAUGAGAGCAGGACUGCUCCAUCCUUGCAGUGACACCAUGGAUCCAUGUUACAACCACACAAGCUCUCAAAAUAGGAUGGACUUUCCCCUGCAGCUGCUGGUUGGGUCCUGCCUCGUCAUCCUCAUCACGAUCACCCUCUGUGGCAACAUCAUCGUCUGCCUGGCCGUCACCUUCGACCGCCGGCUCCGGAGCUUGACAAACUGCAUCAUUGUCUCCUUGGCCAUCACAGAUCUGCUGCUGGGGCUUCUGGUGCUGCCAUUCUCUGCUUUCUAUGAACUCACCAAGGAGUGGACCUUUGGCAGCGUUUUGUGCAACAUCUACAUCAGCCUGGACGUCAUGUUGUGCACAGCCUCCAUCCUCAACCUCUUCAUGAUCAGCCUGGACCGCUACUUUGCUGUCACCAGCCCGCUCCGCUACUGCCAGGUGGUCACUCCCUCCCGGGUGGCCGUGGGUUUGGUUGUUAUUUGGACCGUUUCACUGAUGGUUUCUUUCCUACCCAUCCACCUGGGCUGGAACACCAACGGGACAGCAGUGCAAAACACAGGCCCCACCUGCAACAAGGAGUGCACGCUGGCGGUGAACCCCGUGUACGGGUUAGUGGACGCCUUGCUCACCUUCUACAUCCCUUUGGUCAUCAUGUGCAUCACCUACUACCGCAUACUCAAGAUAGCGAGGGAGCAGGCCAAGAGGAUAAACCACACGUGGGGCAACACGCCCAUGCCACCCAUGGUGAAGGAGCACAAAGCCACCGUGACACUGGCGGUGGUGCUGGGAGCGUUCAUCGUCUGCUGGUUCCCCUAUUUCACCGUGUUCACCUACCGGGGGGUGUGGGGGGACAGCAGGGUCAAAGGCACACCCAUGUCCAUUGUUCUCUGGCUGGGCUAUGCCAACUCAGCCCUGAACCCCAUCCUCUACGGGACGCUCAACAGGGAUUUCCGAGUGGCAUACCAGCACCUGCUGCAGUGCUGGAGGACGGGACACCCCAGGAACUCCCACCUGCCUCCCCUCCAGACUGCCCAGCCCAGGGGCAGGCAGGGCCAGGGCAGGCAGGAGGGUAAACCUUUGAAACUGGAGGUGAGGAACAAGAAAGGGACCCUGCUCACCGAUGGAGCCCUCAAGAGCACUGGAGCUUUUCUGUGAGCCUCAGCCAGCCCGCUGCCCUAGGACCCGCAUCCCCCAGCCUUUAACUCCUGGCUGCCCUCUUCCAAAAUCCUGUGUGUGAGGUUGAAAGGACAACACUCAGCUUUCCUCAGCGCAAAACUCAGCAGCAGAAGCGAGAUCUGCAGGGAUCCCUGCUCUGGCAUGUGGCAUUCGCUCCAUCCCCAAGCACUGCUGGAGAGGCCUCUGCCCACCCAGGUUUCUUCCCAGGAGGGUGGUGUGUUAGAAGAGCCCUCAGAGGAGCUGCAGAAGAACAUCUCCCCUGGCCUUCUGAGCAGUGACACUUUCAGCAUCAAGCCCCGAUGCAGGAGAGAUGCCUGAGGAGCUGGGUCAGGAGGCAGGGCUGGGAGUGCCCUCUCCAGACCCAUGGCACAGGGUAGAGGGGAAAAGGGACUGAUGUUGAGGUCUUGGUGCCAGGCAGUCCAGCCUAGGAUGGAGAAAAGUAGAACAGGCACCAUCUUCCCUGAUGUCCUUGGGAUGUAUCCACCCCUGAGAGGAGGCAAGGGCCUGGUAGAUGGGGGUGAAGUGGCAAGAGGGCUCAGCGUGGUGGAAGUUGACAACCACAAGUGCCGGAUGUCCGGGCACAGGACGUCCCAGUCCCUCAGCAUGCAUGCUGUGCAUGGCUGCCUCCCAUUCCUGGGGCUGUCCUUACACCAAAUCACCUGUCCCAGCCCUAGUGCAACGCAGAGAGAAGCCCUGGAGCCUGCUGGGCCAUGGGGAGACACUCAGCAGCCAGGGUUUGCCCCAGGCUCUGCCCUCCCCAGCAGCCCAACAGUAAGGCUCCCAAAAGAAGAUGUUUCUUCCCUGAGUGUAUGCAGAAAUCAUCAGUGGUAUAAAAAUCUAUUUAAGACAGAAGGAAAAUGAGAUACUUGA